AUGGGUGUGAAGACCUUCAUCCACAGUUCACCAAGCCACAGUCAAGAACUUCUGGACAAACUGAACGCUCUACGCAAUGAGGGCCAUUUCUGCGACGUCACCAUUCGGGUCCAGGGCCAGCUGUUCUCUGCCCACAAGGUCGUCCUGGCCUGCUGCAGUGACUUCCUGCGGGCCAAGCUCUCGGGCAAGCUGAGCGAGGAAGAGGAUGGUGCCGGAGGAGAGGCGGACAAAUCGGUGCUAGACCUUCAGCACGUGACCGUGGCCGGUUUCGCUCCUCUGCUGGAGUACGCCUACACGUCCACGUUGUCCAUCAACACGGAGAACAUCAUCGAUGUUCUGGCUGCUGCCAGCUACAUGCAGAUGUUCGCUGUGGCCAACACCUGUUCGGAGUUUAUGAAGUCCAGCAUCCUCUGGAACUCUUCUUCAGGCUCGUCAGGAUCCAGCAACGCUGCUCCAGCAUCUGGACUGCACAGGCCUCAGGAGGCUCCCGAGGGGCCCCCCCUGGCCCCCCUGGAUGCUUUGUCGCCUUCUCCGGUCUCGUCCGAGUGCAGCGUGGCGGAGCAGCGUCCCCUCACCGUUUGCCGGGAGUCGCGGCGGAAGCGGAAAGGGUUCGCCAGCCCGCAGCCCGCGUCCUCUUCCUCCCCACAAGUCCCCAACCCGUCCCCUUCGUCUUCGUCCUUUCCGGAAAGCUCCGCUCACGCCCUGGAGCCUUCCCUCACUUUCUCCUGGACGUAUCCAUUCGGCUUGGACCGUCGUUUCGCACCCGAGAAAUCCAAACUUCAGGAGGGUCUCCUGGAGCCCUCGGGGCCUCCUGGUGCAGACCCUAGCGGGCGAGCACUGGUGGAGUACCUCUCCUGCGAGAGGCCACGGGGUCUGGGUGUAGGAGGAGCGGCAGGGGUGGAGGAAGAGGAGGACGUGCAGGUGAAAGUGGAGAGGCUCAGUGACGAGGAGGUCCACGAGGAGGCAUCUCAGCCGGUCAGCGCAUCCCAGAGUUCCUUGAGUGACCAGCAGACGGUACCCGGCAGUGAACACGCUCAGGAGGAACUACUCAUUAGUCCCCAGUCCUCUUCUAUAGGUUCCAUGGACGAGGGCCUGACCGAGGGCCUUCAUUCUGUCCAGGGUACUCCGAACACUACUGGCCCAAUGGAAGAGGAGGAUAGACUGGACAAUGUACAUUACCCCUACCACCUGUACAUCAGCCCCUCCACGCGAACGGGCCUCAGCGGACCUGAACGACCCUUUCAGUGCCCCACCUGCGGGGUCCGCUUCACCCGAAUACAGAACCUCAAACAGCACAUGCUCAUCCACUCCGGUAUAAAGCCCUUCCAGUGUGACCGCUGUGGGAAGAAGUUCACGCGGGCCUACUCCCUCAAGAUGCACCGACUCAAACAUGAAGUGAGCUCCUCCUCCCCAAGUACCUGAGUCAGGUGCAAGACGGGUCUUCGGGCCACUUUCAAGAUGGCCGACCACACCCUCACAGGCUCCUCCUCCUCUUCCUCAGUCCAGACGCCCGUCAUCUCCCACAUUUCCUCCACCCGCAGCUACGACCCAGCUCAAGACGGGACGAGUCUUAGUCCAGCACCAGUACCUCUUCACUACAGGAGCUGGGGGAAGAGGAAGAGGAGGAGGAGGAGGAAGAAGAGGAAAAGACAGUCCGAGAGGCUGGAGCACAUUCAGAAGAAAGAAUGCACUAGUAUCUAUUACAGUAGACUGAGAUAU